AUGGCCGCGAGCCUUAAUCUAAGCCGCUCGUCGCCGUUCGGAUCGUUGGAGGAGAUGUCAAACCGGCGCACAUUUGCCUACCUGAUCGCGACCCUGAAUGCGUCACACCCAGACUACGACUUCUCGCACGUCCUCCGACCGGCCGACUUCAAGCGCGAGCGCGUGCUGCGCCGCGUCAUGGGACAGAUCGAUAGCACGCUGAGCAGCGUGCGGCCCAACUCGACCCUCCUCGAUGUUGCCGCGCCGCGCAGCUCUCCCGCGAAGCCAACCGACUUUAACACGGGUAUCUCGAACGCGCCGGCAUGGGGCCCGCAGAUGUGGGCUAUGGUCGACAAGGAGAUGAUGCUCAAGGACUGCACCGUCUUCUCGUACCAGCCCGCCGACGACCCGUUCGACGAGGAGGAGGGCGCCAUCUGGGCGCUGCAUUACUUCUUCUUCAACAAGGCGCUCAAGCGCGUGUGCUACCUCUACGUGCGGGGCGUGCCCGUCAUGAGCCACAGCCCGCGGAUGACGGCGCACACGGCCAUAGCGCGGAACAUUCACAGCCUGUCGACCUACAGCGACGACGACAUGAACGACAACGACAUGAGCGAUGACGUGGGCGCGAACAAGCGCGCACGGUACUGGCUCGGGGACAAGUUCGCCGAGCGCAUCACGGCGAGUGAUGACGAGUUGGACGACGGGUUGGUGUGGAAUCGCGACGCAGACGGCGAUGUCAAUUUCCAAUACGACGUAGAGGACGACGACAGUUUCCCUGGAGACGAAGAGCGUGAGGGAGACCAGAGCUAUGGAGAUUGGAGGAGGAGCAAGAGCCCAGUGAGAGGGGUUAGCGAGGAUAUUGCUUCGAGAAUGGAGCUCGACGUUUGA